UUCCCUUGAUCAUCCCUAACAACUUGAUAACCACCUACCUUCUCUCUUUGUUUCUCCUCCUACCAUUUCUCUUUAAAACAAAAUAUCCAAUUUCUCAAAUUUAUUUUUUGUUUGAUGAUAGAAUUUGUAAUUUGAUUUAGUUUUAUCUUUUGGGAGAGGAGAUCGAAAGGGGAAUUGUAUCACCAGAAAAAACAAGGAUGUAUAAUCAUCCCCAAAACAUGGUGGUGCGUUCGGAUCCCAACAUACCACGAAUAAGCGAGGAUAGCAACGAGUAUCUGGCUCGGCAGAGCAGCUUCUCAACAAUGGGAGGUAAUUCCUUUGUAGACGAUGUACCAAAGAUGAGUGCAGAGAUGUCUCCUAUGAUGAUGUCCCCUUGGAAUCAGGUGUCCCCUUUUGCGAAAUCCCCUUGGUCUCAACAAUCUGAUGAUUCUGGUCAACUUAGCUCGCUUGUUGGAUCUCUUGUCCGAGAAGAAGGUCACAUUUACUCCUUGGCUACCAAAGGGGAUUUGUUGUACACAGGGUCUGAUAGUAAGAAUAUUCGUGUUUGGAAAGAUCUUAAGGAGUUUUCUGGGUUCAAGUCUGCUUCUGGAUUGGUCAAGGCUAUUGUUAUAGCAGGUGGUAAGAUAUUUACCGGUCACCAGGAUGGUAAGAUCAGGGUAUGGAAGGUGUCACCUAAAAACCCUAGUAUACAUAAACGGUCAGGGUCUUUACCAACAUUGAAGGAUUUGUUUAAGGCUUCUAUAAAGCCAAGCAAUUAUGUGGAGGUGAAGAGGCAUCGUAGUUCGUUAUGGAUCAAGCAUUCAGAUGCCAUUUCAAGCCUCAGCAUGAACGCCGAACAAGGGUUGUUAUACUCAUCAUCAUGGGAUAGGACGUUCAAGGUUUGGCGAAUCUGUGACUCAAAAUGCUUGGAGUCUGUAGCUGCCCAUGAAGAUGCGGUGAACUCGGUGGUGACAGGUUCAGAGGGUAUGGUUUUCACAGGGUCUGCUGAUGGGACGGUGAAGGUUUGGAGGAGGGAAAUGCAGGGGAAGGUGACAAAGCACUUCUGCGUGCAGACACUUCUGAAGCAGGAAUGUGCGGUUACUGCCCUCGCCGUGGAUCCAACAGGGUCUAUUGUCUACUGCGGGUCAAGCGAUGGGAUGGUCAAUUUCUGGGAGAGAGAUAAGAAUCUUGCACACGGUGGAGUUCUGAGGGGUCACAAGUUGGCAGUUCUAUGCCUGGCUGCUCGAGCUCGGCUGGUGUUUAGUGGUUCAGCUGAUAAGACAAUCUGUGUGUGGCGUAGGGAUGGAACGAUCCACACAUGUCUGUCUGUUUUAACAGGCCACAGUGGACCGGUUAAAUGCUUGGCCGUGGAGGAUGACAAUGAAGCUAAAGGUCAACGGUACAUUAUUUACAGUGGAAGCCUGGACAAGUCUGUCAAGGUAUGGAAUGUGGCAGAUCAAGAGGCAAUGCAUAUGAUGCAGCAGCAACAGGUAAUGGAGGUUAACUCUGCAUCUGAAUCAUUGCGAUCAGACCGUAGUUACCAGUGACUGCAGUCAUCUGAUUGAUCUGCUGUGGUAAAGUCGCCCGAGUAACUAGCAGGUUGCCUGAUAAUCUGUAUCGUUUCUUUUUUUUCUUUUUUUUUUUAGAAGGUUGCCUGACAAUUUGUAUGUAUGAGGGAGGAGGGUAGAAAAAAGAAAUUGUGAUUAUGGAAUUAUCAUUCUGGUAGAGUGGUAGGUAUAUGUUAUUUGAUUUUAUUCAUCUACUAAAAUGUACUGUGUGGUCUUUGUCUUUCAACUUGUUUGACUAUGUGCUAAGCUCUAUUAAUUGUAGGAAGAGGAUCACUGCACGAAUAGUAUGUUCUGAUUCUGCAGAUUUUGA